UUUUAUUUUAGAUUGGUGAUAAAAAUAGUAAAAAAAACAAACACAAAUCUUGCAACAACUCUAUUUGAUAACACACAUAAAAUAACACGUUGCACACGCGCGCUAGUGUGUGAACCAUAAACAGAGGAGUUGCAACGGUUAAAAAGUGAUAGCUUAAUUUUAAUAAACUCAAUUACUUGACUAUUAUUUGGUCAUGCGAGAAAUGGAAACUCCUGAUUUGAAUCGUAGUGAUAGUACGCGCAAAAGCUUUCGUUUGCCAACGCAUCGUAAGGGUAUGGCACCAGCACCACCGACCAUUACAAAAGUCGAUUUAAAUAUCGAUGACAAUAGUGAUGCAGUUGUCGGACGAAUUGAUACACCACAAUCAAUUACCAACGCUGGUGCUGCGGACGAAUUGUAUUUAGUACAGGGCUCGAACACGCAACGCUCAUCCAACGAAAAUAAUAAUACGAAAAAUAUUGUGGAUAAUUCGGAAAUCAUACCACGACUCAAUCGUAUGACCUUAGCCAGAGAAACGGAUAUUAUUAUAGAUGAAGAUGUGGUGCGACUGCGCAAUAGAAUACCAACAACACGUAAUGCCGCCUCAUCGAUAACACCAUAUACAACAAUAACGGCGGCAGCAACAGUAACGGAUAAGAAGUUGACCAAGGAGCCCACUUUGGUGCUCACAGCUGAAGAUGAUGUGAAUGUGUCGUUUGCGCUCGGCUCCAUUGAGAAGCAUAUUUUCGAAAUGGAAGAAAGCUUCAAGAAAAUGGAAAAUGUCAGACAACCAAGCAUUGAUGAAUUGAAAUUGGAUCGCAAGAAGCAAAGUAAACGCUACGGCGAAACGGAGAAUUUACUACAGCCCGGCAAUAGUGAAAUGGCCUCGGGUACCGGUUUCAGUUAUCUAACGCCACCCUCCGAUUUGGAGAAUUCGAGCGAUUCAAUCACCGAUUUUCAACGUGGCACUGGCGCACGCAGCUCUGUCGGCGCAUACUCCAAAGUCGCUACAGCACCGUAUAAAACGAAGAUUACGCGCACUUCUUCCGACAGCAAGAAUACCGAAACAAUGGCAACGCGUGAUAUUAUCAAACAGAAGAAAAUUGUUGCCAAUAAAGAGUUGCCAACACCGUCACAAGCACAUGCUAGAGACGCCAUGCGUUAUGGUACUGACUCGAAACGUAUUAUCCCCAGUAUGAAUACUACAAACACCACGGCGAACAGCGCCACCACUCCGACUAGUGGCGCUGGUGGUAAAACGAUCUCGCAGACGGAUGGUGCUGUAAUCGAUAAACAUCGUGAAGAGAAUUUGAAAAAGUUUGAAUCGAUGAUUAAUCAACGAGCGGCAGCAAGUAAAACUGCAGCUGCUAAGCAUGCGCAAACGGCACGUAUGUCGGUCGUGCCCAGCGAACGUAUAUCAAGACCUACUAAUCCCAUUACAACACCUCCCAAGGUGACAGCAAUGCCACAUAUGCCACCAGCAACUGGCGAAAGGACCGCAACGGCAACUGCAACAAAUGCUGUGCACACUGUUUACAAUAAUCGACAUGUUGGCAAUGUAAUGCACAACAAUCAGGGCUCUCCUAAUAUGCAGCUGCGCACCAGUGCACCAAUGCGUUGGCGUGCCACAGAGGAACAUAUUGGAAAGUAUAAGCUUAUAAAAACAAUAGGUAAAGGCAAUUUCGCUAAAGUAAAAUUAGCUAAGCAUUUGCCAACUGGUAAAGAAGUGGCUAUCAAGAUUAUUGACAAAACCCAAUUGAAUCCGGGAUCUCUACAGAAACUCUUUAGAGAAGUGAGGAUUAUGAAGAUGCUCGAUCAUCCAAACAUCGUGAAGCUUUUCCAAGUUAUCGAAACCGAAAAGACAUUAUAUCUGGUUAUGGAGUAUGCGUCCGGUGGUGAAGUAUUCGAUUAUCUUGUCUUGCAUGGCCGAAUGAAGGAGAAGGAAGCGCGUGUAAAAUUCAGGCAAAUUGUGUCGGCUGUACAGUAUUGUCAUCAAAAGAGAAUUAUACACAGGGAUUUGAAAGCGGAGAAUCUGUUGUUAGACAGCGAAUUGAAUAUAAAGAUAGCAGAUUUUGGUUUUUCAAAUGAGUUCACGCCCGGCUCUAAAUUGGAUACAUUUUGUGGCAGUCCACCAUAUGCUGCACCUGAAUUAUUUCAGGGAAAGAAAUAUGAUGGUCCUGAGGUGGACGUUUGGUCUUUGGGCGUAAUUUUAUACACAUUAGUUAGUGGUUCAUUGCCAUUUGAUGGUUCCACAUUAAGAGAACUACGCGAACGUGUACUCAGAGGCAAAUAUAGGAUUCCUUUCUAUAUGUCAACUGACUGUGAAAAUUUACUUCGUAAAUUCCUUGUAUUGAAUCCAGCCAAACGCGCCAGUCUGGAAACUAUAAUGAGUGAUAAAUGGAUGAAUAUGGGGUUUGAAGAUGACGAAUUAAAACCUUAUAUCGAACCAAAACAAGAUCUAGCUGAUCCCAAACGGAUAGGUAAGACGGAGGCUCUAGUGGCAAUGGGUUAUAACAGACAGGAUAUUGAAGUUUCACUCUCCCAGGUGCGAUACGAUGAUGUCUUCGCUACUUAUCUGUUAUUGGGCAGAAAAAGCACAGAUCCUGAAAGUGAUGGUUCGCGUUCUGGUUCGUCACUAUCGUUGCGUAAUAUGGGUGGAAAUGAUACGGGCGCUAAUACGAAUGCGUCCGCACAGAGUCCCACACAUCGUGGUGUACACCGGAGUAUUUCCGCUUCAAAUACGAAACCAAGUCGACGUGCUUCAUCUGGCGCUGAAACACUACAAAUCUUUCAACGUUUUAUCGCAGGUGUUGGCCCAACUAAUGCGGCAACAAAUGCUGUAGCUACAGCUGCUCCUGGUGCUAUAAAUGCGGCGCCGUCCAACAACAAUUACGGCGGAACUGGUUCUGGUUCAUCCGCUGAGCGCUCUUCAAUUAGUAGCAACUUUAAACGCCAAAACACAAUUGAUUCGGCCACAAUAAAGGAAAAUACUGCGCGGCUGGCAGUACAAAAUCACAGACCCACAUCAGCUACCCAAAAGCUUUUAACAACCGCGGAUACAACACUCAACAGCCCCGCGAAGCCGCGCACUUCAACAAAAUACGACACAUCAAAUACUAAUCGCACUACCGUUGGCACAAGCGGUAUGAUACCACGUCGUUCCACCACAUUAUAUGAAAAGACUUCAUCAACUGAAAAAACGAAUGCAUUGCCAGCGGAAACAAAUGGAUCUGCCAACUCUACAGGAAAAGGCCAUGUUAAAAGCGCCUCUGUCUCCAGCCCUGGCUCGACCGCUGAGGGAGGAGUCGCUGUUUCCAAUGAAACACUCGGAACGAGGACUAGAAACAAUGCUGCAAUGGAGUACUCCGGAACGAGUGGUGCCUCGGGCGACUCACCACAUCCAGGCAGAAUGAGUUUUUUCUCGAAACUGUCAUCCCGAUUCAGUAAACGCGCUUCAACAACUGAAGAAUCAGCGAAGCCGCGCGUCUUGCGCUUUACAUGGUCUAUGAAAACCACAUCGCCGCUUAUGCCCGAUCAGAUAAUGCAGAAAAUACGAGAAGUGCUCGAUCAAAACAAUUGUGACUACGAACAACGCGAAAGGUUUGUGCUUUGGUGUGUACAUGGCGAUCCCAAUACCGAUUCAUUGGUUCAGUGGGAAAUUGAAGUAUGCAAAUUGCCACGACUAUCGCUCAAUGGUGUGCGUUUCAAGCGCAUUUCAGGCACCAGCAUAGGAUUUAAAAAUAUUGCAUCACGCAUAGCAUUUGACUUACGACUGUGACUCCACCAAACCAAUACCGACGCGGCUGCCUUUGGUUCUGAUACAACAACAACUACCACCACACCUACACGCUGUCAUCAACAUACAACAAAUAUGAAAACAUUUAACCUGGCCAUCACCAGCAACAUCAUAAAUGAAACGCUUACAAAAAAUAAAGCAAAACCCGAAUGUAGCAAAAAUUGUGCAAAUAGCAUUUUUGGCAAAAAGAAAUACAAUUAUUUGGAUGAUAAUAAAAAACAAACGCUAACACUACCGCCAACUUCACCAACUGCUUCAAAUACACAAUGCGGUUGUUUGGCAUUCGAAUCCCUAGAAAAUAAGACGCAGACGCUAAGUAAAACGAAUCGGCGGAAUUCGCCAACAAAGACACCAACAAAAAUUGGCAAAGACAAAAAAUCAAUAACGACCGAGAAUAUUGUUGGUUUGGCAAUAGCAAAAUGUUCGAUAGAAACAUUGGAGAAUUCGAUCUCGCUUAAAUCUGACAUUGACACGAAUGCACAAGAAUCAUCACAAUCACCGACUACAACAAAACCCGAAAAGUCUAUUACCAAAGGUAACCACUUGAUGAAGAAAACAUUGGUAGUGGAAAAAUUGCGUAGUACCAAUAGUGUAAUUACACGAAAAUUGUUUUCCACCAAGCGUGUAAUCACACCAAAUAGUAAUAGCACUGACAAAAAUAAAGAUAAAGAAACGCAGAAAAUACCGGAUUCAACGGAUUUGGAAGAUGAUGAUGACACAAAUACCAAUACAACUACAACAACUGCUACUGAAAAAGAUAAAGUUAAAGAGGAAAGUCAAAGCAUGAUCACCUCACUGCUGCGUACAACAACGCUUUAAAUUGUUUGUUGAAUAUCAUAUGCUUCAAAUUUCGUCUUUAAUACUUCUGAAAUCUCUUAAAAAAUAAUAAUAAUGUAUUUAUAUUAAAACAUAGCCCCAAUAAUAUAACCCUGUUUUUAUAUAUGCCCUUUUCAUGUUCAAUAAUUGUUAUGAUGCAUACCCAACAAAACACACAUACAAUAUACUAUACAAACAUCAUGUAGCUUAUGUUAUACAAAAUUUUGUGUUAAAACCAAACAUGUGAAAACCAGAACAAAACUAAAAACAAAAACACUAAAAACUAUAAGCAAAUGUGCAACGCCGCUUUUUCGUUGAUUAUACAUACAUAUGUACGUUGAUAAUGCUUACACUUACCGAUCAACUUUGCUGAGAGACGAUUUUAAAGGCAUAUUUGCGCGUAAUAUACGUGAAUGCGUUUCAAAUUGAAAUUGUACAACUCAAAUGAAAUCGUUUUCGCCAAACAUAAUCAAAAUAUCCCAUCGAAACCCUUUCACACCAAAGUUGAAAUGAAAUUAUAAAAUAUUCCUCUAUUUGUUUUGUUUUCUAUUUCUAUGUUAACCGUUGUCUAUACGUUUUGCAAACUUUUAUACAAAUAUCUGUAAUCGCUAAACAGUUUAUAGUAAGUUUUAAAUUAAAAAAUGGCAAUCAUUUCUUUACGCAUGUAAAGUCAAUAGCUUUUUAAACAUACAUAUAUAAUAAAAAAAAAUUACAAUAUUUUAGCGUUUCAACAUUUAACUACAAACUCAUUACUAUUGAUUGAGAACAUUGGCUCAUAAUCAUAAACAGAAUAUAGUCGAUUCAAGAUUUACCAUUAAACAAUUUAGUUGUGUUUAUUUGUAAAACAAAAAGUUGACUGUCGCAACAAAUGAAAACAGAAGUAACAAAAAAUACAGAAGUACUUCAAGGAA